CCGGAGUGCGCAGCGCUCUUAAACCGGGCUGUUUAAUCCGCAAUUACCCUAUGGCCAGGGCUAACGGAGGACGGAUGGAGUUCAUCUUAUUCCAGAUAUUCGGUCGGCAUUACUGUUGACCGUGAUAAUUCCAUCCGUGAAUACCUUCAAAGAUCCGGUUGACUGUUUAACUCCGUCGCCAUCAGCCAUGCCGCGACAGUUCUUUCUAUCGCUUCUCCUCGUAGUCGGGGUAUUUAAAGCGAGUUGAAGAGCCAUCAAUCUUGUCCAAACCAUCUCAAUCAAAAUCAAAUCUCCGGAGUUUCAAUAUACAGAUUUUCAGAUCUUACAACAAAUACCCAAACUUCACAAUGUCUCUGUCUGGCAAAGUCGUCCUCAUCACCGGCUCCUCCAAGGGAAUCGGCAAAGCUGCUGCCCUUCGUGUCGCCAGCGAAGGUGCCAACGUCGUGAUCAACUAUCUUCGUGACCCGGUUGCAGCCAAUAAUCUCGUCGACCAAAUCGGAGCCGACCGCGCCCUUGCUGUUCAAGCUGAUGCUUCAAAGCUGGCCGACCUCGAUCGCCUCGUCAAUGCCGCGGUCGCCCAGUUCGGCAAGAUAGAUGUUCUUAUUCCAAAUGCCGGAAUCCUCCCGCUUAGAGACUUGGAGCAUACUAGCGAAGAGGACUUUGACAGAACCUACAAUCUAAUGGUAAAGGGACCAUACUUCCUGGCCCAGAAAGCCGUGAAGCAUAUGCCCCCUGGAGGACGAAUCAUCUUUGUCUCUACCUCAACCGCCCGAUUCGCAAGCGUGGCUCCCGCAUACCUACUCUACACCUCCUCCAAAGGCGCGAUCGAGCAGAUGACCCGAAUCAUGGCCAAGGAUUUGGCGCGAAAGGGAAUCUUGGUGAAUGCGGUCGCUCCCGGUCCAACUUCAACCGAACUCUUCCUCGAGGGAAAGCCGGAGCAAAUGAUCAAGGCUAUCUCUGGGUUUAGUCCAUUCAAUCGGAUCGGAGAGCCCGAGGAAAUUGCCGCGGUCAUGGCGUUCUUGUCUGGGAAGGACAGCAAUUGGAUUUCAGGACAGGUUGUGGCUGUGAACGGAGCUAUGGCAUGAUGUAAAAGUAACUUAAUAAUAGGAAUAGACCUUAAUGAGAUGAGAGCUAUGGG